AUGAGUAUCCGCCUAUUAUUUUUCAAUAGAAUCUUUAAUAGCUGCGCUAAUUGGAAAAAAGGUAUAUCUAAAGAUAUUGAUGAAAGUCAUCGCGACUCUUGCAAUUUAGCAAACCUUAAGUACUGUCCCUUUGAGAUUACUGAUGAUAUACUUGAUCUAUCUGCAAUUUUUGCUAUGCUUAAUUGUGAAAAUUUUGACUACAGAAGAUAACUAAUUAAAAAGUACUAUCCUUCAGUUAAAGGGCCUUACAUCGCUCAUCCUUUGACUAAGUACUUUAAUGAUAUACAAAGACUUCCAGAUGAAUUUCCCAGAAAUGAGACACUAAUAGAAGAAAGAAGAGAAAUUAGAAAGAAUUAAAACAGAGGAGAUCUUUAAUAGCAUAUGCUACUAGUUUUCAUAGACACAUUGUCUCGUCCAAGACUUCAUGUUAAAAUGCCAGAAACUGUUUAAUUCCUAAGGGAAAGAGACCAUAAAGAGUUUGUCAGACUUCAUGCACUUUGGUCCAGAACAUAGGAGAACGCUCUAGCAUUAUUAUAUGGGAUUGUUGAAGAUGAUCUUGUAAACACUACCAGAGAUUAUAAAGACAAAAAUUCUUCAAAAUGGAAAAAGCCAGAUGUGAAAUUAGACUCUAUCUUUGAUUAUUUUCAUAAUCAUGGAUUUAUCACAGGAUACGCAGCCAACACUUGUGAGACUAAUGUAUUCUAUUGGAGAGAGUUCUUUUUUGAGUACAUUAAGAAUACUCCCGCUGAUCAUGAGCAUCUUAGUUAUACUUGCGAUCCUCAUCUGAGAGAGCCAACAUCAGACGAUAUUAUAUUUGUAAGUUCUUAUUCGUCUGCUAGAAGAUGCUUAUAUCACCGAGAUUCUUAUGAAUACAAUAUGGAUUAUUAUAAGAAGUUCAAAAAAGCCUAUUCUAGCGAGAACACGAUAUUUCUGAUGAAUUUUUUGGAUGCUCACGAAGGAAUAGGAGAAGCUAUAGAUUACCUAGACAAACCUCUAGCUAAAUUCUUAAAAGAGAUGGAAGAUGAGAAUACAGGACUGAUAUUAUUAAGUGAUCACGGAUUGCAUAUGACUGGCCUUAAACUAAAAUUUGGUGGAAAAUAAGCUGAAAUAGAACGUUUCAACCCAUUUUUGAUAACUUCAAAUAUACGUGGAUUGUCUGUGGAGCAUGAAAGAAACCUUGAAUUUAAUACACAAAAAGUAGUUACUCAUAUGCAUCUAAGAAAUUUUUUAAUGUUCUGGGCAUCAGGACAAAUGAAUGGAGAAAAAAUGAAUCUCAUAAAUAAGCUACCUCAUGAUAAUGAUAGAUUGUUAUGUGAUUGGAUUGGAUAUAGAUGCAUUUGUGAAAAUUUCCCAAAAACUGAUAGAGCUAUGUCUAUUGAUUGGUGA